UUGGUUUUGUUACUUUCGUUAUUCCUCAGCAGCGAGGACGAGUGAUGAGUUUAUGAUGUUGGUGCAGAUAAUUGACAACAGCUCAUAAAGACGAUGAGAGCGAUAAGAGAGUGGUAACGCCCCGUUCCCACAGCAAAACACAUUACCCUGCAUUCUGACUGCUCCGCUCUUAACCCCAUGGUGACCAGAGGAUCAACUCUACUGCUCUUUGUUCUUCUGUUCGGCGGUCUGUCCUGGACCGUGUGUGUGUGUGGGUGUGUGUGUGUUCGUGUGUGUGUCUGUGUGUCUGUGUGUGUGUGUGUUUGUGUGUGUUACCCCUUGGUGACCUUAGGAUCAUGGAAGUGCGCAAGGCGGGCCGGGCAGUCCUCAUGUUCAUGGGUCUCAUCUGCUUUAUCGCUGCCUCCACCCUUAACACCCUGGCCGGCCUGGGAUCACGGAGUGGUAUUUUUAAGCAGAGUACGGAGGACGUGACCCUGAAGUACCGGACCCCACUGUCUCCAGCCACCUGGUCUCUGUUUGUGUGGGACUUCAUCUACGUCUGGUUCUUCUUCAUGUUCCUCUACUUCCUGGCCGGCCUCUGCAGAAGGGGUGUGUAUGAGUGGAUGUACACCACUCCUGCUGUGCUGCCCUAUGGGUUCCACGCCAUGAUGGUCCUCAACAUGAGCCUCAACAUCACCUGGCUCUUCCUCUACCACCAAGAGAUGCUGCUGCCAUCCUUCAUCAUCUCAGCUCUGAUGUCGUUAACAGACUACCUGCUGCUGUUCUUCUCCUGCCAGGGCCUCAAGGUGUACGGGGCGUGGCUCCAAAAGCACAGCCCGGCUGACCUGUGGUUCCUCCGAGUCCUGGUGCAGAACGGGGUAGCGGUGUACGCAGCGUGGGGGAGCAUCUCCACCCUGUUGUGCCUGUCCGUCUACCUGGAGAACCGGACCGCCACGUCCAAGUGUGACUGCGCCAUGGUCUCCCUCGUGGUGCUGCUCAUGGAGCUGCUAGUAUGGUUCUUGUUGGAGAACUUCUACCUGGACGAGCAUGUGCGCUACGUCCUGACCGUUUACCCUGUGACCAUCCUCUGGCUGGCGGGCAGUGUCACUCAGUCGGCACUCCCCGGGAAUUACAUCUACGACUUCUCCGUGGUGAUCCUGGGCACGGCGUGCGUCAUGUUUGUAGUGCGCCUGGCCCUGGUGUCGUGGCGACACCGGACAAAGCCUCUCUACAGCUACCCCUUCACGGCCCCAUCGCCGGUGGAGAUAGCCCUGACCCAGAGGGGGGUCUAUCACUAACGUCCUUAACGUACCCCUGAGAAGUAGCGGGUGUUUGUAGCGGAGUGAGACUGUUUUUGUAGUGGAGUUGAGAGUACGUUUGUAGCGGGGAUGAGCGUGUGUUUGUAGCAGAGUGAGAUUGUGUUUGUAGCAGAAGUGAGAUUGUGUUUGUAGUGGAGUUGAGAGUGUGUUUGUAGCAAAGUUGAGAGUGUGCUUGUAGCGGUGGUGAGCGUGUAUGUAGAGGAAGUGAGAGUGUGUUUGUAGCAGAGUGAGAGUGUGUUUGUAGCGGAAUCAUUUUAUAUUGUUCCGUUCGGUCCGCUGAUGAUUGUGCAUUCUUGUGUAUUCUUUAGUAAAAAUCACCUGUUAUAUGCUGCAUUUCCACUGUAUUUGAGCGGUCAUUUGAGGAGAGACAUAUCAGUUCCACAGUGAAUGAACAGCUGUCUGUAUGUAAAUCAUGUCGGCUUCAAUAAACAACAUUCAAAUCUCAA